GCACUGUCGAUUUUACAGGCUAUGUCUGAUCUGUUGCCGGCUGCAGAAAACUUGUCUGGAAGUGAAACGAAAAAAAGCAGGUCGCGGAGCAGCUCUUCCUCAAGUAUAAAUGAUCUGACCGUUGGAAAGGAUUCAGCGCAGGCACUUGCACUUACAAAAAAACGCUUGGAAAUGAACGAUUCGGACGACGAUUUGAACUGUCAAAGUGUUAACCUCGUUGCACUGGAUGAAAUUGCCUCGGGGCAGUACAAGUGUUUUCUGAUGUCUACUGUUGUAGCAACCGAUGAACUGGCACGGCACAGUCCAGGAAGUAUGCGUCGGAGCCGGCGGCGUUUUAUUACGGGUAGUGAAACAGCGGCGAUGGACACGCGCAGUUGUUGUGGAAGCUGCUCUUCGAUUAGUGAUCUCGACUUGGAAGCUUCGAUUCACGGGCCGGAGGGCAGUUACAUUGGUCUGAUGAAGUCAGUGAGCGAUAUUUCGUGCAAGAAAUCAACUGCCGAAGUGAGCUGUAGGAGUACGGAUGCGUCGAUCGCUGAUGAUAAGAUGGAGGUGGUUGCCGUUGAUAGGAGUAAUGAAUCAAGAAACGGACGUAAUUCUCCCUCGUCUUCAUGUAAGUGCCAAAAUGUUGUCUUUAAUGUUUUAGAAAACAUUAUUUUAGCACGCCGAUCGAGAUUCCCGUACUGCUUCAAGCAUCAUACAGUCAGUUUCUUAACAGUUUUUUCAGAACUGGACAAUCGUUUGAUCAGUACUGACGUUCUUUUUGGAAAGUCCGGCGAUGCGGCGCGACGAAGAUUGUCGAACAGUAAGCUCGUUAUUUUAGCUUCUGCGGAUUUAACGGUCGGUUUGACGCUUGUUUUAGAAUUAUUAUGA